CUGUCACCUGUCUGCUGUGGUUUGUUGCACAAUGCGUGUGUGCAAUGUGUAUGUAUGUACUGUGUGGGAACAGUCGUGAUUUUGCUUUAGAAAAUUAUUUUCAAUUACAAUAAUGUGUUUUUGACUUAAAUAUGGUGCGAAAAAAUUUAAAUUUGUUUGCAGCAAUGCAAAUUGCCUUUAUAUGGCUUUUUUUCUUAUUUAGUCAUGCUAGAAAAGCUGGUGCGACUACGCACUGGAUGGUGACUGAAAGUGGUCUAAUUCAGCCAAGGAUUGAUUCUCCUUUUGAAAUAGCUCGACCCUAUGACUUGCUAUCUUUUUUAAAGCAAGAUACACAUUGGGAGGAGAUAAAAAAUUUGUAUAAUGAGCUUUCAAAGAAGCAGGACUUCCUUGAUAAUCUAUGGUCUGAAAUUGAAAAAGAUACAGAUUUAGGUAUUGAUGUUGGAAAAGAUGAAAAUUGCAUGAGAGCUGGACCCCUCAACAUGAUAGAUUGGUAUCACACACCACUGGAAGAUGGUACUAUAAAGAACAUACCUGAAAAAGAUUUUUUGCUACCCAAACACUUUGGAGCAAGUUCUGAAGUACCAGAUUGUAAAAAGAUAUCAUCACUUACAUUCAGUAUGUUUGCAUUUGAGCAUUUAAAUAGUAUGAUCGAAAGAAACAAUAUAUCUAUAGCACCAGAAUAUCCAUCCUUAGAAUUCCUCUUACCAUUUACAACAUCAGUGGAUCAGAUGGGUCAUUGGCUCACAGGGGUCCUGAAACGUAACACUUCCUCAUGGCUUCAUUAUAACCUGGCUUCAUUGUACUGGAGGAUCAAAGGAAAUGCACCAAAAGCUAUUGAAUGCUGUAGAAGAGCCAUUCACUAUGCUCCUAGAGAAUAUAAAGAUAUAGCAAUGUUGAGCUUAGCCUCAAUAUUCUAUCGAGCGAGACAUUACGAAGAUGCUUUAAUUAUCCUGAAUGGAGCAGUGGACCAUGAUUUUCGAAAUCCGAUAUCACAUUUUGUACUUGCCAACCUUUAUACAUAUAUUGGUGAAUAUAAUGCAUCCUUGGUCCACUAUAAAAUAUGCUUGAAGAUAAAUUCUAAAAUGGAAAUAGCUAAAAAACAUACAUAUGCUACACUGUGUCAUAUCCAUGUAAAGGGAAGAAUGAAGAAUAUGAAGUGGAAAAUCCAUAAGUUGCGUGAGGAACUAAAUGACUAUAGUUUAAAGGAGUCAUUAUGGAUUAAAACGCAAAGUGAAUUUCUGAAAACCAUGAAGCAAAUUGAUGGCUAUGACUAUAAAAACGUCGAAAAGAACAGUGCCAAGAUGUCUGAACUGACCGGACUACCAAUAGCCAAGUUAAAACAGAGUGGUGAUAAAUAUUCAUUGAUCAAGUAUUUCUUUGACGGUACAAUGUUCGACGGCCAGAUUUUGGAACUGGCCAGCGUGCCAAACCUUGACGCGAUCUACACUCUGCAGAGGAUUGUGGGCUACAUACAGAAACACUCGAAUACACCUGAAAUAUUGGCACAUUUGAAUAAAGGGGAUAAAGAGAGCAAGGAAGAUCUGUUCGCGUCUAUAACAAAUAUUGAAUCUGGUAAAUCAAAAGAAGCAUUAUCGGAUAAAUCUAUGCCAAAAGAAAAAAGUAAAAAGGAUACACAAACAGCUGAACAGGAGAAGAAUCAUACAGAGGAUGCCGGAGAUGAUCUCACUGAAUAUGAAACUGAUAUCUUUUUACACCCACAGUCACUAACAAUAAAUAAAAACAGGGAGGACUUUGACACAGAUCCAGACUGGCCUUCAGAUGAGUUCUGUCUUUUUGCGGCUCCGAACUUCCCGGACAAAGUGGAGGCGUUAUACCCCGUGUUCUUGCCUCUGGAGAACAAAGGCAUCAGAGUGAGAUCAUUGCUUACUGAUAAGAUCGGAGUGCCUCUGGACGUGGAACACGAGCUGCCGUGGCAUCCUCCCAACUGUCUUCAUGAGAAAGAUAGCAAUGUGAAGAAGAAUUUCAAGCAACAUGUAACAGAGGUGGUAGAUACAGGGUAUUUGCGGGAGAUGAUGCUGAAGUACGUGAGCGACGGUGACCCGGAGCACGCCAAGCAUAUGCAGGAGGUUGAGAUAGGACACAGGAUCUACGUAGCCAUGAGGAAGAGAUUAGCCCCAAAGUGGAUUGGGCAAGUUCUGGCAUCGCUGUACUGGCGAGUCCGGGGAAACAGAAUCAACGCUUUGCAUUGUCUGCAAGCGGCAACACGCUCAGUGCACCCCAAGUAUAAGGAGAUCGUUCUGGUCUCCUUAGGCUCGGUGUACAUGGAGCUGGGAUACUUCGACGAGGCCGUGCUAGCAGCGGAAGAGGCUAUACAGAUGAAUGCGAAUGAGCCGGCAACGAACUUCCUCAUGGCGCAGCUAAACAACAUCAAGCAGCACAGACUGACCCAGAUGUUCCACCUCGAGCAGGUGAUCCGCGUGGAGCCAGGGUUCAUGUCCGGCCUGGUACGGAACCUGCUCAACACCUGGGCAUGCGUGUUCGAACAAGUGUAUAAAAUACAGGAAGUCGAUUUCAGUGAAGGUGAUGUAUGUACUCAAGUACAGCCCGGUAUCAACAUGGUGUGUGAGAAGGGUGGAGCCAACUGUCACAUGACCAGCAUUCGCUGCUUUAGCAAGAAGAAAGAAGACACCAGUACACUUAUGUCACUGCUGGAACAAAAUGAAUAUGAACAGUACAAGGGAAAAAACUAUAUAAACGAUAAAUUUUUCGAGAUAAUAAUACAGAACACACCCGCAAGCCGGCACGACACUCUAGCCCACCAUACGAAUUACGACCAUAUGAUGAAAGCAAUAGAUACUGUUUUGAAGGGGUGCGGCCCGCACGGAUGUAGAAGUAUGAAUCCGUUAGACGCGUCAAUGACCGAGGAGGAGUGUGAACAUCACUCAGUACAAUUUGGAUAUUGGUUGCACAUUGUUAGCUUUAAACAAUUACUAACUGAUUCUAAUGUGAGAUUACCCCCAGAAAUACUUACCAUGACGCCAUCAACCAAGAAAGUUCCGGACUGCAAGUCAUUAUUAAGCUCCUCGGAAGACUUCUAUAUACAACGGUUGAGCAGAAUAGACACAACAAAAUGGGAACCAAUAAUGAGUCUCACCCACCAGUUCACAGAGUUGUUCUAUUUCGAUGAUUACCUUACACUCGGAGCUAUGAUUGCCAAGUAUGUGGAAACCCGGCCCACGUCGUGGCUGGGCGCGCUAAGUGCGAGCUGGUGGUGCGGCGCGGGCGGGCACGGUGCGUGCGCGGUGCAGUGUGCGGCGCUGUCGCACAUGCUGGCGCCGGUGAACCUGGCGCCCUACCCGCUGCGAGGACUGACUGCCAUGCUGCACAUGCAUAUGAAGCAACGGGACGCCAAGGAAGUCGCUUAUCUGUCGUUCUACUCGUCGCCAAAAAGUAAAAUUGAGUCAUUCUUAGUUGCUGUCUCGCAUACACACAUGAAGGAGUACGACCAAGCGGUUUGGAUGUACAGGUACGCGUUGGCUUUCGACGAGGAUUUUAAGCCGGCUAAGGCUUGUCUGCACGCGACGAUGUGCUCUAUGUUCUUCGGCGACGGCAAAUCCAAAAAAUGAAGAGCCAAUCAGUAAAAGAAUGUAUAAAUUUGAUUCGAUACUUAACUUUUAGAUUUAAAAAUACUAAAUCUCAACUAAUAGUUACUAUAAUUUAACCUUUUUUCGGAGGGUUUCGUAGAGGCUAUGUGUUUCCUAAAACAAACUUUCUUGAAGAAUGUUCACAUAUUCUAGAAACAAGCAAAGAUGUUGAUAUUUAAAAUUAAAAUUCAGAAAUUUGCAUUCAAAAUAGCAUUUUAAAAUCAUUUAUUGAACGUAAAAAUAUAAAACCCAUUCGAUAGAUAAGAAAAAAAAUGGAAAAGCGCGCCAUAAAGUAGGCCUUAAACUGGUUACUACUUUUUGGCGUCAAAUAUUUUUAAAUUGACUAAAAAUUUACGAUGUAUAUUUAAAGUAUGUAUGGACAUAACGCACAUUGGAGAGUUUUAUAGAAGUUGUGAUAGAACAGACAGUAGUUUGACCUACCGUUUAUCGAAACGUAUAAUCGAUAUAAACUGCCCCAUCACCAUUUGCUAAUCAAUAUAUAUCAAGACAAUGAAAUAUGCACAAGCUAAUUACUGCUUUGAACAAAUCGUUACGAGUAUUUUAUUUUCGACCUACCUUCAAUUAAUUAUUGAGAUUAACUUAUCACCUGUGCCAUCAGUAAUAAAUUAAUGAUUUUGAAUAUUUUAGUAAACGAGUGUUACCUGCCUCUCCAAAGGUACAAAUUAUAAUAUCAAAUAUCUGUUAUUAUUUUAAGUUUUUUAAAUGUCCGUUUCUUUGACUGUGUCAAGUAAUGUACUUUCUAUAUAUUUUCUACUUGAAUAAAGAACUUUUAAAAUGAAUGAAUGAAAUGAUAGAACAGACAAGUGCUAGUCUCUCGAACUUAACGACUAGCGAACAUACAAAAUACGAUCGUCAAAUCUUUAAGUACAAUAAUUGUGACUCGCCAACAUUGACGUACGAUAAAGUACUAGACUCCCAAUCGCCUAUUAUUAGGUACUAGCUGACCCGGCAAACGUUGUUUUGCCAUAUAAAUUGUAUUGAUCUUGUGCUUGCUAGUUGAUAAGAGAUUGCGCUAGUUGUAUUCAUUAGUAACAAUCACACUUCUUUUAUAUUUUGUAUAAUUACACUAUACACUAUAGUUUUAUAAAUUAUAGCCUAUAUGUUAUUCUGGUGUGUAAGCUAUAUUAUUGUAAAGUUUCAUCAAAAUCUAUUCAGUAGAUUUUGCGUUAAAGAAGUUCAAACAUACAUCCAGACAUACAAACUUUCACAUUUAUAAUAUUAGUAGGAUAAAAAUGUCCAAGCGUUGUAUAUACGUAUGCAGAUAACAUUCAUUCAAAUUGACACCUUAUUUCGCGGCAUUAAUGUUCAAAGUCUAUUGUAUACGAAGAAUAAUACUCAUAAGAAUUCAUUACGGUUCAUGGAUUUGUUUUAGCAACUGCAAUGUAAUUAUUUAUCAAAACUAUUAAAAAGGUCAAGUUAAUUACAUAAUCAUGUUUAUUUAAAGGGGCAUAUUCUUUAAGUUUCGGUAUGCUGUUAUUUGGACGGCUUUACUUUUCACUGAACACUGUUAUUGCGUGGCGUUGUAUUCAAAGCGCGGUCGGAACACAACGUGAGUUGUGAGUCUAAUUAUUGUUUAUUGUACUUCUAUACUCGGCUCACCUACCCGCCUAGUUGUUGGAUACUCGUAUAAGUGAACAAAGUACAGUUAGUAUUUUAAACUAAGGUUGAUAUUAUGGACAGUCCUAGUAAGCUUCAAAAAUAGUAGAUUUUAGAAAAUCACUCUUCAUUUACUAUGCUCGUUUUGUAUAAAUUUCAUUUAUCUACUAACGGCCGUUCCCAAUAUUCAGUCUAUCUCUUACUUGAGAUAAAAAUGGUAACUAUCGUUGACUUUUCUGUCCCAAUAAACUUAUCGACAGUAACUCACCUUAUCCGUACACGCUGUCUGCCAAUGGGACGACGUAUAGCUUACCAGCGAUAGAAGUUUGUAAGGAAAUUUCAAUUCACGCGUCCCAAUAUGAGGCGAUAAGAAUGACUUAUCGGGUACAUUGGGACUGCUUCAGAUUAUUGACAGCUAAUUACUGACAGUAGAAGGUAGUAAUUUAUCUCCAUCUGUAGAUAGUGUAUUGGGAACGGCCGUUAGUUAUGGAAUCAAUAUAUUUUUACUUUGUUUGUUUGUGUAUUAAGUUAAUUUACUUAAUUUUACAAAUGGCACUAAAACAUAUAUUAGGCAUGCCACUUUUUUAAAGAAAUUUCAUAAUAUCAGCAUUGAUUAACGAAGUUUUCUUAUAAUAAUCAGUCUAAGUAUUCUUAACUGAUGAUUUUUGUUAAGAGUUUAUGAAACGACAUUUAAACGCCAAAUAAACAUGUUGUAUUUGUUAUUUAUGCAACUGUUGUGUAAUAAGUUGCAUACAAGACUUUAUCUAUACCCAGAAUAUGAAUCCUCUAAAAGAUUCUGAAACAUUUAACCUCCUGCUAACAUUAAAACACCAGUCCUAGUAGUAACCUAAAAUCAUUCAUUACUGAUUUAUUUAAGUAUUAGUGAAACAAUUAUUUAUUUUAGUAGUAAUUUACAUUUUGUAUAGUGCAAUAAUUAAAAUUCACUCGAAUAUAAUGUUCUUUUGCAGCGUUUAAAAUGAAUCCCUCUUUUUUGUAAACAAAACAAUAAAAAUGGCGGGGAUUCGAAUAACCUACUUUUUAUUUCAUCGCGCGACUUCUGGUAGUGUGGAACGCGCGUAAACGAAAAUGUUCUUUUUUUAAAAUUCAUACAGAUACCACGCAUCGAGCAAUAAGAUGUGGCUGUCUGUUGAAACUCUUUGCGCAUGAAGGGAUCGAAAAAAACAACAACAUAGGAGUGUUGUUACAAAUUCAGUACAACAUUACAACACUCGUUUGGAUGAUGUAAUGGUUAUUAGAACAUUGGGUGUUUUAAUGUUGACAAUAAGCUAACUGUUUCAAAAUCUUUAAUAAAGGAUUUAAAGCAUGGGUGUAGAUAAAAAUAUAUGUGUAUAAGUACCUUUAGAAAUUAUAUCGUCUUAACUAUAGCAUGAAUGGGAGCCAUUUGUAUCUAAGGGGUGGAAUUAUUGGCGAUUUGAUGUAGUGAGAUCUAAUAUAAUAUUAUCAAUGACUGAUAAAAAUACAUUAAUAUUAUGUUAGUGGUACUCGUGGUUAUUAGACUUAAAUAUGCAAUUAUGUCCAAGUAUAAAUUCAUCGUAAUAUAUUUCGUUUCACUUUUUGUGUCACUUGUUUUAAUUUGUAAAAUUCAUGAAUUAUAAUUGAUAUAUAUAAUAAAAAUAAGUAAUUCUACCAAUAGAAUAUUUGAGUUUGACUACACCAUUUGUUUCGUAGACGAAUUACAUUGUCAAAUAAGUUGUACACAUACCCAGAAACUAAAAGUUUUUUUUUUUAUAUUAAACAUUGUAGCAGUGGUGUUGUUUUCAACCAUCUCCAAUUAACACUAUAAAUUCAAAUUGAAGUUAAUGCCAAUAGUUCCAGUUCUAUUCUGCUUUUUAUUACAUAAAUGUCUGUAUACUAUUGAAAUAAAGGUACUAUUCAAACUAA